UAGUCAAGGAUACGCCAAAUAAUCCUAACUUUUUUCCCACCAUAUUCAUCGAUGGGCGUUAUAUAGCCAGCAAUUAUUGUUGUUGAUUUUCGAAACGUACGCGGGGUUCGUUUUUCAAAAAUUGUGCGACGUUUCGCGUGUCGACGGCGGUUCGCUUGGUUAAAUUAGGCCGUGGCUUGUAUCUAUGGAGCUUGCGUUCAUCGAGUCGCGCGCCGCUCGGAUGUUAAACGAGUAAAUGGACGAGUGCGUUGUUCGACUGUUUUUAGGGAAGUCGCCAUUAUUGUCCAAUAUAAUCUAACGUACGUUUGUUGAUCGCGGCGGACUUUCCCUUGCGUUUUUGCGUACAAAAUCUGCGUCUCUUGAUCGAAAUCCCGACUGUAUCAGUUCGUGACAAGUGCGUUAUCGUAAUAAGUGAUUGUAGUGGUGCAAUGUUUGUUGUAUGCGUAUCGAAGCUCCAGAGGAAAACGCUCGGCGUUCCGUGAGCUUCGUAUCGGACCCGUCACGUGGGUGUGUACUAUUUAAACCAGCCAGUAACGCGUUUAUUAAAAAAUUCAAAUACCCACCCGUUGUGUUCCGUUUUUUUUUCAGUGUGUACACGAACGCCUAAACUGCCGCCGCCUGGCCUAUGCGGCAUCCGCCGUCCGUUUCACUUGUACGUUUUCGGUACGUAAUUAAGCCGGCAAACUGCGAGCCAGCGUGUGUUUAUUGAUCAAAGUGGUUCCCGGGUUCGGUUUUUCCGCGUUUUAAUCACCCCACAAGUGACGAUGACAGAUAUCGGGCAAAUCACUGGAUGAAUGGGAUUGCGUACGGCCUCGGUGAGGCGUCCCGAUGCGGAGGUCAUGGCCCCGGCGCUUACGGACACGGCCCAACCGCAAAAUUUUAAUUUGCCGCCGAAAAACCGUCCGGGACCCGGGUCCCGGAGCGCGAAAACGUACUCCGGAUACGCGGAACCGUCGAGUCCUAUAAACACUGAUGAUUUGAGCGGCGUGUUUAUCAACUUGAACCCCGCCUACCCCAAGGACCAUUCGGACGGCGGUGUUUCUAUACAGAGCAUGAGCCCGAGCCCGCCUCCGAUGGGCGACGGCGACGCUGACAGCAAAAUGGGACUCGAAAAAACGACGGCCAGUUAUUUGGGCAAAGUGAGGUCCACGGGCGGCGACAUUGAGCAGCUUUUCGGCGCCACAAACCUGGAGGCGAACGUCGAAGACAUCAUGCAGCAGGUGAUGAAGCACAUGGACGGAGGCGAUCAGCUCAACAAUUCGUCAAGCGAUCUCAACGAGGUGCUCGAUUUGGAUAUAGACAAAGAUCUGCUCGCUCACGUGAACGUCAUGAUGGACGAUCAGCAGGACGAUCUCGAGACCGCCCAGAAACUUAAGGAGAACCAGGCGAGAAUGAUCCUCGUCGAUUUGCAGAGGCGCCACGCGAGGAUCGAAAGGAGACUCGAUUUUCUCAGACGGAGGGUGUGCAAAUUGCAAUCGAGGCACAUGGGGCAACACGUGAGCGGCGAGGUGGCGGGAGUGUUUGAACACGUGUACCGUUCCUUGCGGAAGCCGCCGUUGGAGACCCCGUCGUCGGAAGGACCGAGGCCGAUGGCCCCGCACGCGGCCAAGUCUCUCGUCAGGAAGAUCGAGAUGGCGGCGAUGCUGCAGGCGCGUCAGAGGACGGGGCCGCCCAGAUAUUUCGGUUCGGGUUCGGUGGACGCGUUCCGUAACUGCCCCCCGUCGUCUUCGUCGGGGCCUUCGGUGAGUAUCCCCGCGUGGGGUACCAAUGACAAGCACGAACUGCAAAGGGUGUCGGAACAGCUGCGUACGCAGCUGAGGCUCGUGCAGCGCGCCGCAGAUUCAGACGCGACCGAAAGCAGUUCCGGAGGCGAGAGCUGCGACGAAAUGCAGACCUACAGUAAUCCCCACCAACAGUACCUUAGUAUACAGAAACGGGCGCUAUGGAAGUACUCGACGGAGAGGGCGGCCAUAGCGGCCCGCUGGACGUGGCUCCAGUCGCAGAUCUCCGACCUGGAGUACCGGAUCCGACAGCACACGGAACUGCACAAACAGAUCAGGGCGUCGAAAGGACCGGUACGUCUCGACGGCGACGACGACGUCGCGACGUCAUCGGGCGCUGUCAACGGUUAUCGGGGCCAGCUGCCCGGCGCCCCCAAGAAUCUGGACGGCGAUGCGGAGCGUCAGUGCGCGCGCACCAGACCGUUGGCCGGUUUCAGGAAACGGAAACUGCUCCAGGUCGCGGGGCUUCACGCGGUGUCGAAAAAAGCGGCACGACCUAGCACGGUGCGCUGCAGUUGCGUCCCGCCCAGCUCGUGCGCGCUGUGCACGGGCCGCGCGGACCCCACCUACCCCCGGGACUCACCGGACACCCUGAGCAAGACGGAGAAGGUGUCGCUGCUCGAUCCCGGCUUCCAUCCCGUACUCUCGCUGCCGGAAGAUUCUUCGCAGGGCGUACACCUUGAGGCCGUAAUGAAGAUGCCCGAGUGGCAGCAGCGUAGCGUUCGCAUGAAGACGGCGAAGGCGAUAGGCAAGGCGGACCACAAAUCAUACGAGCAGCGAUCGAAAAAAUCCGAGUAUCGGAAAAAGUACGGCUCGCUGAAGCAGAGCACAGUGUCCGCCCUCUCGGAGAAGAUCAAAAACAAGAUCCGAGGGCGGAAGGUGGGCAGACCGUCGGGAAAAAAACGUCACCUAGACGCGGCGAAGCCCGUCGGGACGCCCACGGGUACCGGCAUCGGACCCGAUUGGGGCGACGACCUGGAGGUAGAGGCCGCGACGUCGUCGCUUGGCGCGAGGCGCUGCUCCAUGGACUCCGCCGGCGGUUCGCCCUUGCUGCAGAUGCAGUCCAUUUCGGGGUACAGGCAGUAUAGGAACAACCGAGCCGACUCUUACGACAUUGACAACAUUGUGAUACCGUACAGCAUUGCCGCCUCCACGCGUGUGGAGAAGCUAGAGUACAAAGAGAUUUUGACUCCAAAGUGGAGAAUUUCGGAUCUGAUGAAGAACAACGGAGCGGUGCCCGAUUUCGGCGACGAUAGCGACGUCGAGGACUUGUCCGAGGAGAGCGUGGUCGCUCGUCACGAUCGCUGCGAGCACGACGAGCGCAAAAAGUUCCUCAGCUAUCUGAAGCUGCCGUUUGGUGUGAGCAGACAGAGGCCCCACAAACGCCAGGACAGCCUCGCGGAGUCGUCGGGCGCCAACACCCCCGACCCGAUGUCGCCUCACCCGCCCUUAGUCGUCGACGGCGACGUCCCGUCGAUGUCCGUGGUCGAAGACGCGCCGCCACUGCCUUCUGUUGCGCUCAUGAGGCGCCGCACCAUAUCCCAGUCGAAGCUGAAAGAUAUAAGGGAGGAACCCGGCUGUCCGCCCACGGAUUUCGUCGAGAGGCCGCCGUAUGACGCGCGCAGUUUCCCCCUUCCCGACGACGACUAUCGACAUAUGGUGGAGGACUCGCCCCCCGACGCCGAGACAAAGACGAACGCACGUGCGCAGGACUGCAGCGAAUACGCUGGCGGUAUGGGCGCCAGUAGCGGGGGCGGGGACACUCCGUUCGAGGGUGACCGGUCGGCAAAAAUGGGCACCGAUUCGGUGGGCGACAGCGAAUCGACCGAGUCCGCGAUCGGGGACGAGGGCGAGGACGAGUUCGUAGAGGACGACGACGAUGACGACGAGGAGGACCCUAACGAUCCCGAAUGGACCGACAUCGAGAAGUUGUCGAGGGAACGCCACCGCAGAUAGAGCGGAUGAGCGUUUUGGUUAAGUGAUUCUCUUUGCCGUCGCGGCGAUCUACUAGAGGCGCGGGACACCGCACACCCUAUAGGGUUCAACGAGGCCCCCCUCACCACAUCGUAUUGAUUAAUUCAUUAGUUUCUCUUAGUUGAUCUUUCGUUACAGCUCGUCUCAUUUUUUUGAUUUGGUGUUCAUUCCGUUAUGUAUACACACAUACACACACAUACACCCACACACACACGAAUGUACAUAUGUACGUCGUUGCGCGCGGAAAGGGAAGGGGAGGCGCGCGGCGCCGGCGAUGUCGCUGUUUUCAUGUUGGACAUUGGCGGCCCGUCACCCAGUCCCGUACUUAAUUUAUUGUUUGUGGGGCGUUUCCGGUCCCCCACCGUCACCCGCUCCGACAGGGAUUCAAAGCGAACGUUUUUUUUUUUCAGUUAUUUUUUGUAACAAUAAAAAUGUAUAAAUUGCCCUUUGUUUGGUUGUUAGGUUUGUCGAAAUCACCCGCCCCUCCCCCACCGCCCGCCUCCCCGCGCGCGCCACGCCCACCGAGUCGGACGACCCGCGAAGGCAAAUCUCUGGAUCUGUUAUUUUUUAUAAGAGCUUAGCAGCGGUUGUCCGUUUGGGGUCGAGGAGUGGCGGGGAAGCUAGAGAAAAAAUUAAAAAAAAAAAUUAAAUUGUGUAUAAAAAUGUUAGUCCGAUAACCAAACUGGACGAAGAUUGAAGAAAAAAUAUUUAUUUUCAAACGCUUAUGUAGCCAAAAAAAAAUUACUAAGUUAAAGGAUGUAGCCCUACAUUUUUAUAAACCAGUUAUAAUAUGAAUUAAAAAUAUC